CCGAAGUCACGAAAGGCCCACUCGAGGAUAACUCUAAAGCGAUGCCGGUCCCGCUUACGCAAAAUGGGCACGGCACAGAGAAAGGGAAGGGGGGAAGGGGAGACGUUGGUUUGGCGAAGUGUUUGCCCCAGCCAUUGCCGCUGGGAACCGGAUGAGGUAUUUGGAGGACCGGGCAGACUCUGUGCGUCCCCGGGGCCGCUCAGACCGCACAAAGGGCCCCCAGCCAGCUUCCUGCAGCUUCCUCACCUGUUUGGCAGCCGACACUCCAACGGGCCUUUCGGCUCCGCAGCGCCACCGGGAGAAGCCUUGCACAGCGAUAUGAGAAACGACAGGAGUCGGCGGCCGACAAGCAGCGACUUCUCCACUUCUACGGCCGCCAGGACUCCCAGCUUCGGUUCCCGGGAUCGAGCCUCGCCCCUCCUCUCUUGCCCCGCCCUCCCUCCAGCCUGGCGUGGAUCCCGGAUGUUGCUUCCUUCGGCGCUCAGAACCCCCGCCCUUUCUUUUCAGGCUCCGGUCCCUUCCGAAUCCGCUACGGGUUCUGCAAGGCAUAGGAAGGUUUUCGAUGUCUCUUGGGUGGCUAGAGCGUCCUCCUUCUCUCUGUCGCGCUGCAGGUGACGGCGCCCGGAGGCUGUCGGGAAGUAGGCGGGGUGACGUGGGGUUGACGAGCUCAGCGGCGGGUUUGCCGAGAUCUGUGACCGGCAGCAGCUUGUGUGGGGGGCGGCUGAGAGCAAGAGGUGGAGCGGGGCGGCGUGCGGCCGGGGCCAUGACGGGCAAUGCGGGGGAGUGGUGCCUCAUGGAAAGCGACCCCGGGGUCUUCACCGAGCUCAUUAAAGGAUUCGGUUGCCGAGGAGCCCAAGUAGAAGAAAUAUGGAGUUUGGAGCCUGAGAAUUUUGAAAAAUUAAAGCCAGUUCAUGGGUUAAUUUUUCUUUUCAAGUGGCAGCCAGGAGAAGAACCAGCAGGCUCUGUGGUUCAGGACUCCAGACUUGACACGAUAUUUUUUGCUAAGCAGGUAAUUAAUAAUGCUUGUGCUACUCAAGCCAUAGUAAGUGUAUUAUUGAACUGUACCCAUCAAGAUGUCCAUUUAGGAGAGACAUUAUCAGAGUUUAAAGAAUUUUCACAAAGUUUUGAUGCAGCUAUGAAAGGUUUGGCACUGAGCAAUUCGGAUGUGAUUAGACAAGUUCACAACAGUUUUGCCAGACAGCAAAUGUUUGAAUUUGAUGCAAAGACAUCAGCAAAAGAAGAAGAUGCAUUUCACUUUGUCAGUUAUGUUCCUGUUAAUGGCAGGCUAUAUGAAUUAGAUGGAUUAAGAGAAGGACCAAUUGAUUUAGGUGUAUGUAAUCAAGAUGACUGGAUCAGCGCAGUGAGGCCAGUUAUAGAAAAGAGGAUACAAAAGUACAGUGAAGGUGAAAUUCGAUUUAACUUAAUGGCCAUUGUAUCUGACAGAAAAAUGAUAUAUGAACAGAAGAUAGCAGAGUUACAAAGACAACUUGCAGAGGAGGAACCCAUGGAUACAGACCAGGGUAAUAUGUUAAGUGCUAUUCAGUCAGAGGUUGCCAAAAAUCAAAUGCUUAUUGAAGAAGAAGUACAAAAAUUAAAAAGAUAUAAGAUUGAAAAUAUCAGAAGGAAGCAUAAUUAUCUGCCUUUCAUUAUGGAAUUGUUAAAAACUUUAGCAGAACACCAGCAGUUAAUACCACUAGUAGAAAAGGAUUCCCAGGACUAUGGUGUGUACGUUGAGAAGCACUGCUGUGGAGCAUGUGGUCUUUUGACCUCUGGUUGAGGUUUUACUAUUCACUAGCUGUGUGGCUUUGGUCAAGUUUGAUAACAUCUGUGAGCUUCAGCUUCUUUAUCUGCAAAGAGUAAAAAUAAUUACUGUAUUGAAGCUAUGUAAUUGUUAGAAGGAACAAAUUAAAUAAUGUUUGAGAACAUUUUUAAAGUUGUUUUAGUAAGGUUUAUUGAUGUCACUGUAUACCUAAUCCUUUUAUGUAUGUUAUGUUAAAAUCAUUUAUCCAUAAUUCAAAUACGUAGAACCUACAUAGGACUUUUCUUGUACCCUAUUUGAAUGAGAAAUGAACAAAUACCUUGUAAUGUAUUGUUUUGGAAGAUGUGACUUUAUGGAAUGAGCAACUAUAAACUUUUAAAUUAUUACAAUUAUAGUAAUGUAUUUUAACUUCACGUAAGAAAUAUAUAUCUGAAUGUGAUUUAAAAGGGAAAUUUAGAUUCUAUAUAUGGUAACAAUAAAAAAUUUUUAAAAAAUCCAUGGAUCUACACAAACCGUGAAUCCUAAGUUAAACCAUAGACUAUA